AUGCCCUUCCGUGAGAUGAAGGACGAUCGUGGUGUCUUGGAGGUGUGGGACCCGGCGCUCGAGGCGUACGCUUCUGAGUACACCAUCAUCGAGGACGAAAGCUACACGAGCGCCGACCUGGUCGACAUGCUCUGGCCUGGCAAGAAACGACCAGCGUAUGUGCGCCUUGCGAAGCGAGAUGGGGAAACGGAGGGCAGAGUGGUAGUCUAAGACUAAUUCUUGGGUUGGUCUUGGUAACAGUUCCUUAUCUUCAAUCUCCUCUUCUUGUUUUAGAUUUUGUGCUUGGCUAGACUUUUGGGAUCCAUCUUCUACUCGUGCCUGUGCUUCUUACUAUCUUCUUACAACUACAAGAGAAACCCAUCAAGUUCUACUUCUAUCUUACUCAACUUCAAAAAGUCUAAACAUGAAUCUAAAUCAAAGCCCCAGGCUCAGACGCAGCUUCUCCUCUCAAACAUUUCACACUCCUACUCCGUUUUGUGUCAACCUCAACUCACUCAUCUGCAGCAUAUGAAUUUUCUAAACUUCAUAUCAGCUUCCGCGAGAUUCACUGAUGAUCGACACGCGACAUCAUAUCGCCGAGGGAUACGCUGGAUUGCGCUUCGAAUUGAGCGCCUCGUCCAUCGGAAUGUUUCUGCCGUUGGGUAACAUCGAAGGUCCACGCCUAGGCCAGUUGCGGUCCCGAGCCAUUCGCUUUCGAGGUGUUCCAAAUCAGGCACACCGUCCGAAUACGCAGGUGGUUCUCUAUCCGGUGCAGGUGAUCGUCAACUUCUACGAUGUCUACAAAGACUUCUACGGCCGCAACUACCUCAACGUCAUGCCGAAGAACGACUGCAUGCUCGACACCAUCUGCACGGCUAGCAUCGAGUUGGCCGAGAAGUUCGGCUUCGCCCACUCCGGACUCCAAGCUCCAUCGCUGCGCUAUACCGAGAAGCAGAUCCAGUGUGUCGUGCCGAAGGACGACGACCGCAAAUUCAGCACACAGGAAUGUGCAGACAUGCACGUCAAUUUCGAUCCGGACCUCCUUGGAGGAUUUGCGUCUCCGUCGAAGUCGCCGCAGAAAGGAAACGCCAACUCCAAGUCGAAACCGAUGAAAGGAAAGGCCAAGGAUGACCAUGAUGCUGCAGGUGAAGAGGAAGAAAAAUCCGGUAACCACUCGAUGAAGAUGAAGCAGGCCGCCAUGAAGGCGGUGAUGAAGUCUAUGAAGACUUCCAAGCGCGGCAACGACGAGGAGGACGAGGCCGAGAAAGAGGACGAGAUGAACGAUUCGAAGAAGACGAAGAGUAACGCUGGCACCCCCAUGAAGCCGAAACGAUCGUCCAUCAACACCUUGCCCUCGCCGCUUCUGCACGACAAGAUGGUGGGUCAGCACUUGGUUCCGUACAUCCGUGACUACACCAGCAACAACACUUACGAUAGCAUGUAUGGCAAGGCGUCGGUGUUGCGAUGCUGCAUCUUGAUGCCCCUGGUCGUGAAGAAGAAGAUGGAGGAAAACCAAGACUCGCAGGCAUCUGCGCUUGCUGCUGCGGGUCUUGGCUAA